UCGAGCCAUUCGGGGUCGACAAUGGGGUUGUUUUUCACGAUUGGAAGCCACGACUUCUUCUCGUAGGGGCCCCUGGCCGUCACCCUUCUCGUCCCGGCUGCUUUCAUCACCAACUUGGAACCGUUGGACAUGGCGAAGCCCGGGCCGGCAACAGAUCGAAGCUCCCGGUUUCCGGUCACAAAGGCUGAGUUCGAGGUGGACGCUGACGUUGAGGUCGACGAACAGGCCGCCGCCAGGGGCCUGAUGGCCGCAGCCAUGUUGGAAGCGGUCGCAGCAGCAGCAGCAGCGGCGGCCAUUGCUGAGGAUGUGCCGGUGGAGAUGGCUCUGCCUCUACGGCGAUGUCGGCUGCGCUUAGCUGCCCGCUGCGGACUUCCAGCGGCCAAGCUGCGCGCGCAGAGACCACAGGUACUGCCAACACACGUCUGUCCGCUCCUGAUCACCUGCCAGCCAACUUACCUCCCCUCUCUCCCCGCCUAAAAAGAUCGUUGGCGUCCGUGUUGUUCUUGGGUCCCUUCGCAGCGUCGGUUGGCCCCUAGGCUCAACAACGUCAAGGAUUGCUCGAACGACUCGACGAAUCUCCGCGCGCGUAAUUGGUUGACGAGCGAUCUCGAGGAAUCGAGAGUCGUCCGGGAGAGUAAUAGUAGCGGCCCAAUCCACUG